AUGGACGUGGCGAGCGCGACUUUCACCGCGUUGAACCAAACGCAGGGCUACUUCAACGUCCUCGAAGAAGUUGGCAAAUACAAUGUUCAGCUUAACUACUUUGAGCGCCUCUGGGCUGCUUGGUACCUCUUCAUGCAGAAUGACACUCUGGCCACCGGCAUCAUGAGCUUCGUCAUGCACGAGGUCAUCUACUUCGGCCGCUGCAUUCCCUUCAUGAUCAUGGACAAGAUCCCCUACUUCCACAAAUACAAGAUUCAGUCUCAGAAGAUCCCGACCCUCAAGGAACAGUGGGACUGCGCCGCCAUCGUCCUCAUCAGCCACUUCACCGCCGAACUGCCUCAGAUCUGGUUCUUCCACCCCGUCGCCACCUACUUCGGCAUGGACUACGGCAUUCCGUUCCCCUCGCUCUUCACCAUGGCCUGGCAGAUUGCCAUCCUCUUCGUCAUGGAGGAUACCUGGCACUACUGGUUCCACCGCGCUCUUCACUACGGCCCUCUCUACAGGAGCAUCCACAAGAUGCACCACCUGUACUCUGCUCCCUUUGGCUUGGCUGCCGAGUAUGCUUCGCCCAUUGAGACUGGUCUCCUCGGACUUGGUGUCGUCGGAUCUCCCAUCCUUCUCCUUGCCAUCACCGGCGAGCUCCACCUGCUCACCAUGUACGUCUGGAUCGCCCUCCGUCUUCUGCAGGCCAUCGAUGCCCACAGCGGCUACGACUUCCCCUGGAGCUUGCGCCACUUCCUGCCUGUCUGGGCCGGUGCCGACCACCACGACAUGCACCACGAGAAGUUCAUUGGCAACUACGCUUCCAGCUUCCGCUGGUGGGACUACAUGCUCGACACCGAGGCCGGUGCCGAUGCCCACAAGAGACGCCGUGAGAAGAAGUUGGCCCAGAUCAAGGCCAAGAAGGCUCAGUAA